GGUACAUUUACCGACGUGCACCUGUCACAUUCAUCCAAGACUCCAACACUGCAACGUUGCUUCAUUUUUCGGGUGUAAUCUCCGGUCCAAGUUUUCGACGAUACCCAAGGACAUUGUUUACUCUUCCCGCGUGAACAAGAUAACGUCACCAUACCCUGUAAACAUGGACGCAAAGAAGAGAGUCGCCAUUGUUGGGGCGGGCAUUUCCGGUUUGGCAGCCAUCAAGUCAUCUUUGGAAGAAGGAUUGGAGCCUGUGUGUUUCGAACAAUAUGACAACCUUGGAGGUGUUUGGUACUACACGGAGGAAUACAGGGAAGGUCAGGGCGCAAGAGCCUUUGACAAUCUGACAACAAAUAUCAGCAAGGAGAUGUUCAGCUUCAGUGACUUCCCCUACCCUUCCCACUUUCCGCCAUUUCUUACGUGCAGUAUGGUCCACGACUACCUCCAGAGCUACUGUGAGAAUUUUGGACUCGGCAAACACAUCCACCUCAACACCAAAGUCAUCAACAUCAGGAAGUCACCUGACUACAACGUUACAGGAAGAUGGGAGGUAGAAACGGAGGAAUCCCAGAAGACUCAAAGGGAUAUCUUUGAUUUUGUCAUGAUCUGCUCAGGUUUCUACAAGAAGCCUCGAUUCCCUGACGUUGAAAGAAUGGAUACUUUCAGAGGAAGCAUUGAGCACUCCAUGAAGUUCAAAGAUGCUUCAAGAUACGAGGGCAUGAACGUACUUGUUGUUGGAAACUCAAAUUCCUCUGGAGAUUUGGCCGCUGAGUCUGCACGCUACGCACAUCAGGUGUAUUACAGUGUGGGAGAAGGUAUGUGGAUGGUACCAUCGUGUGUGAAAAACGGGAUUCCAUACGAUUUAGUUCUUCUCAAGAGGUCCAACAUGUGGAAUGCUUCAAAGCUUUCAAGGAUGACGGCAAACAUGUGCAAUGACCGACUUGAUCAUGUUCUUGGCGGACUAGGCCCGUCUACGCCCCCUUCAAGAAGCAGAGUAAUGGUGAACGAUAAAGUCCAGUAUAAUAUCAUGAGUGGAAGGAUUAAAGUUGUCAAAAAACUCACUCGUCUUGGACCCCAUGAAGCUGAAUUUGACGAUGGCACUAUCCUCAAGAACUUGGAUGCCAUUUUAUUUGCAACCGGAUAUCACCUCGCCAUAGACUUCCUUCAGGAAUCGUAUAAAGAGGAUAAUGGCAAGCUGAAUCUGUACAAGAUGAUGUUCCCAUUAUGGCAACAUCACACAUUGUCGCUGGUCGGCUGUUUUGACAAUGAUGGUUCCUUUCCGCCAAUAACUGAGCUACAGGGUCGUCUGGUCGCCAGGGUAUUUGCUGGCUCUCACAGACUGCCUUCCUUGGAAGUCAUGGCGGAUGAUGUGGAAAAGACAAAUUCAUUUGUUCUUCAGAGAUUUGGGCGCUACAAAUAUCUGAUGCCAUGUAUUAUAUAUAGGGAUGAACUGGCAGCGGAACUGGGUGUUGCCCCGUCCUGGUGGGACCUGAUCAAGGCCGGACCCCGACUCGCCUACCUGUACUACUAUGGGCCUGCCUUCCCCUAUUACUACCGGCUGUGGGGGCCUCAUCCGUGGCGUGGUGCUAGGGAUGCCAUCAACAAUGCACUAGAACAUGGUCACUAUGCCAAGCAGGUGAGGCAUGUCCAAGGACCGGACCUUGAGGGUUCCAGCUUCAUGCUAAGAUUCCUUAUUGUGUCUGUCCUCGCUGUCUUGCUGGCUAUGAUGUACAAUGGUUGAACUUAUUCCUUUUAAAGAUGCUCAACGUCACGACAAAGGACACCAAGAACUUAACACAUUUAUUCCAGAUGAUACUGAAUAUUUGCGCUCCAUUCAGUGAUCAGCUGACAAGGUUAGACAAAAGGACAAAAUGACCAUCCAUUGAGGUUAAGCUGUCUGCCACAGAAUUGAGAUCAUUUUUAGGAUAGUGUGUCCUGUGUGUCAUGAUUAGCAACUGUCUGAUCCCGUGUACCGGGUAUGUAUUUUAAAGAAAGGCUGGUAUAUGGUAUAACCUGGUGUAUAGUCAUCAUAUCUUCUUUUUACAAUAUAUUUACGUACGUUUCAUGCAACUGAAAAUAUUGAAAGUCAUCAAAUUAGUACUGAAUCUUUCAAUUUGUUUGUUUCUUGUUUAACACUACACUCAGCAAUAUUCCAGCUGAAUGACCGUGGUCUGUAAAUGUUAAUUUGGGCCGGACAAUGCAGUGAUUGAGCAUUGAUCGACGCAAUUGGAAUACCAUGGCAUGCGUCAACCAAUUCAGCGAGCCUGCAAUUGAGCCACUUUCUCUGACACCCAGUCUUGACCAUUCGACCGCUAAUUCCCCUAAUAACGUCUUAUUUCAAAAUGAUAUAGAUGACCAUCUGAAAAAUUUGGACAAUUUUCGCAACGUUUAUGAUUUAUUGUUAUUAGAUAAAUACAUAUUUGGGUUUCCUUAAUAAAGUGGAUGUACAUUUAGUUUUUUGUGGUUCAAAAUAUUCGCAGAUGAACAGUUUACUGUAACCAUACAGGUAUCAUACAGGUUACAUAUUGGUCGAUUCCUAAUUCUACUUAUUCCACAUGGACGCAUACCUUUAGAGAUACAAUUUCCGCAUGCAAUAUAUAUUGUUCUUGUGUUGAUUUAAAUAUGUUUUCAAAUGUCAUUCAAAUUCAAAUGGUAGUUCGUGACUGAUGUCGCCAAAUAUGUCCUUUUUAUCCUUACUUUCUGAUACAAAUUCAGUUUUAACAAUGUUGAAGAAUAUACCU